UCAAAUCCUAACGAACUCUGAUCGAGCUGUUUUCGAGCGCUGUUGACGUAGGCUACGAAAUAAUCGUUCGUCGCUCGCCUCCUACCAAACGAGUUUUGUCUUGUUUUGCAGACAUAGCGCGAGGACAAUGCUGAAGCUCUGCAUAGCCUGCAGCUCAAAGGUCGCUGCCUCCAGUCGUACCUGCUCUUGCGGUCACGUGUUCUCACCGGAGACCCGCAGGAUUGGUGGGAAACGAUUUUCAGGUUACCGUUUGGGGACAACAAGAAGACAGUCGUUCAGUACUCGUAGGGAAAGACAACCAAAUGGCGGCGUGGUUAGCGAUCCUCUUUCGAGGAAGCGCCUCUGUCACUUUCUACAGGUGCGCAAACCUUCUCUGUAUCAGAACCUCAAAAGUCCCAAAGCUGUGCAGGAAAAAUCAAAGAACCCACCAGAGAAACCCACCACAAAACGCAAGGGACAUCCGGCACUAUUCAAAGAAAAUCAGACCAAGGCAAAAGUAAAAAAGAUCGAUCAUAUCGUGCGAGUGUUGUCUUCUCCUGAAAGACGUUUGAAGCUUUCGCUAGCAUUAGCUGAGAUCAACAGAAGAUUGACAAGCCAAAUGCUCAUCUGGAAAAUGUUACCAUGUGAAACAGGAUAAACUUACAUAUCAAAGUUGAGUAGUCUCCUAGGCGUUCAGUCCGAAGGUCCUCGUCACGCAACGGGUCCUAGAGGAGUCGCGCAAUUGCGUGACCACUGGAAACGUUGCGUGACGAACUAAGAUAGAUAACCAACUCGCUACACCUGAGACAUUCAAGGAGCAGCGAGUACAUAAGUUUGUAUAUUAUGUACAAAAUGUUUCCGACAGCCUUUUAUGAUAGUUAACAGAGAGCAUCUAUCGCAGAAAUCUCAGUCAAAGGCAUCCAACGUAAUCAUACAAUUCGAUUCGACCAUGGAGGAAAU